AUGUCGUUUCAGAACAUAUCGAAAUCUGCCGUGCGGAUCGGUAAGAACUACAUCAAAGGCUACACAGAUACACAGAUCAAAGUGCGGGAAGCGACGUCGAAUGAUCCAUGGGGUCCAAGCGGAACACAGAUGAACGAGCUCUCACAGCUGAGCCACAAUGCGACGGACUUUAUUGAGAUGAUGGAGAUCCUUGACAAGCGGCUGAAUGAUAAGGGCAAAAACUGGCGGCAUGUGUUCAAAGCAUUGUCAGUGCUGGAUUAUCUGCUACAAGAGGGUAGUGAGAAUGUAUGGAACUACUUCCACGACAACAUAUACAUUGUCAAGACACUGAAAGAGUUUCAGUAUGUGGAUGAUGCAAACAUUGAUCAGGGGAUCAAUGUGCGCCAGAAAGCCAAGGAAAUUACAGCGAUCUUAAUGGAUGAGACACGCGCACGGAACCGGCGCAGGAUGCGCAUGGAGAAUGAGACGCGGAACCGUGAUCCACACGACUUUUCUGACGAAGCUGGACGACGCCGGCGUCAGCAACAACGCGACCGCAUGACGGCUGAAGACCGCGAGUUGGAACAAGCGAUUGCCGAGUCGCGGCGGAUGGCUGAAGAGGAAGAAGCACGACGUCGCCGCGCAGCACAGGACGAUUCCGACCUGCAACGCGCGCUGGAAGAGUCGCGCGAAGAAGAGCGCAAGCGAAAAGAAAGCGAGACACUUAUUGAUCUUGACAAGGACGAGACGCCGUCCACGCUGCAGCCCCAAUACACCUCGUUUAUUCCAUUCCAGCCAACUGGCUUCAAUCCCUUCUUUCAGGCCCAAAUGCAGCAACAGGAAAUGAUGCAGCAGCAGUACAUGCAACAGCAAGAAUACCAGCGCCAACUUGCUCUGCAGCAGGCUGCCCAGCAAUACCAAUACUUGAUGGCACAGCAGCAACAACAGGCUAUGAUGCCACAGCCGACGAGCUUCGGGUCCAACAACCCAUGGCUUUCGCAGUCGUCGAUGGCGGCCUCCUCGGUGCCGACGCCAUCAGCUCCGCCGUCGACAAAUGCAUCCAGCCAACCAACCGAUACCCCUGAUCAAUCUCGAUGGACCUGA